AUGACCGGACCGACCAGCCCGCGGGGACAUCUCGCGCCUGCGCACCGGGUCGCCAGCGCGAGGAAGCCGCUCACUUCCGCGACUGCGCCGUCCAAGAGCGACCGCCGCGGAGUCCAGUCGGCGAUGGACGAGGCUGCGCGACGGCUGCGCGACAUCGCGGCGCGCGCCGACAAGCUCGGCGUGCGCGCGGCCGACGUGGCGAGCCUGCGCUCCGCCGGCCGGCUGCUGGGGCUCGCGCGGCGCGAGGGGCGCGAGGGGCGCGCCGGGCGCGCGGGGCGCGGGCUCGCGGCGCUCGCCGGCGGCGUGCUGUGCGUCACGGCGCUGCUGGCCUGCCAGCUGGAGCUGCACUCGCGACGCGGCUUCUCGCGCGCCUGGCUCACCUGGCACCGGCUGCGCCUGCACGACCACAUGUGCACCAUCGAUCUUCCAGACUACUUGGUGUCCUUCUUCCGACCCCCAGAGGCUUGCUCAAUGUGCAGAGAUGUCAGCCAAGUGGACAAAAUCUCAAACAUAAGUCCUCAAGUUUUCGAGAAGGAGUAUGCGUACACUGGCCGCCCCGUGGUGGUGACAGACGCCAUGUCCAACUGGACAGCUCAGCAAGUGUUCAGCUUCCAGUUUUUCAAAGACGUCUACAAGGACCACUGGCAGAAGCAACUGGGCUGCCAGUUUUUUCCUUACAGAACUGAAUUCAGGAACCUGUACGAAGUGUUCAACAUGAGCAUCGAACGGGCCUUCAUGCACGAUGGCACCAAGCCGUGGUACAUUGGUUGGAGCAACUGUGAUGACCAAGUUGCCAGGAUCCUGCGGCGUCACUACGACCGGCCGUAUUUCCUGCCCGAUACGGCCGAGAACAAAAAGGUCGACUGGAUCUUCAUGGGCAGCCGAGGCUACGGAGCGCAGAUGCACGUCGAUAGCGUGGAUCUUCCCUCUUGGCAAGCCCAACUAAAGGGCAGGAAGAAAUGGAUCCUGGAACCACCGCCAGAAUGCUACUACGACUGCCAGUGCUUGGAGGUUGUCGUCGAGCCAGGAGAAAUAAUUGCUUUGGACACAAACAGAUGGUACCACCAAACCCUGAUUGUUUCUGAAGAAAUGAGCAUCACAAUAGGAGCAGAAUAUGACUGAAGUACAGUUGGCUGAAUGCGGUAAGAUUUCCUGUUGUUAGAGUGAAACGUAGUAAACUAAAUUCCCAAAUAAGAUAUUAAAUAUUUAAUGUAAAAAAUGUGUAUUUUAUCGAAUAAAAAUAAAAGAGUAAUAUAUGUUGAUGCAAUAAAGUUUAUUUCUCAUUACAUUUCCUGUCUUUUAUAAAAAUAAUAAUUUCGAGUGUUACUUGUAUAACAUUUAAAAAGUAGCAUUAAUUUAUUGAAAUUCAUAAUUCUGGUGAAAACGAAUGUUCCCAAGACUGCAGCAAUGUUGCUAACAGAUUAGUUUAAAAAAUAAUAAUUUUUUCAGCAUCAAUUGUUUUUGCUAUGAAGGGCUAUCGAAGAAGUAGCUAUAAUAUAUUUUAGUGUUGCAACCUGGAUACUGCAAUAAUGAAAAACUCAAAGGAAACUU